AUGAGGCCUGACAUAUCGCUGGCAGCGGUACUUGUGAUAAUCGUGUUCCUGAUGCCCCUCGAAGGCUACGUCGUAAGAGGAGGGGACGCUCUGAAGUUGGGUAAGGAGAAGGUUACCCACCUCCACUUUUUUCUCCAUGACAGCGUCACUGGCAAAAACCCCACCGCCGUGCAGGUUGCCAGUCCCAACGUCACCAGUUUCCCUUUUAGUUUCGGUAGCGUUUUGGUCAUCGACGAUGUCCUCACGGAGGGCGUAGAGCGCUCCUCGCGGCUGGUCGGCAAUGUCCAAGGCAUCUACGCUUUUACAGGCUUGGAUAAGUACUCCCUCAUCAUGGCGGUAGACUUCGCCUUCACCACCGGGAAGUAUAAUGGAAGCUCCUUCAGCGUGAUGUCCAGGAACCCAAUCUCGGAGCCGAGGAGGGAGCUGGCGGUGGUUGGUGGCAGGGGAAAGUUCCAGCUGGCCCGUGGCUUCGCCCACCUCACCACCCGUUUCCUCCAGUUUCCCGACGCUAUCAUCGAGUACAAUGUUACCCUGUUUCACUAUUGA